AUGCAUCGACCCUGGGAUCCGAUGUGGCAAGCUGUGUGGACGGUUGAAAGCUUGCCCGGCCUGCCGGCCUGCCUGAAGCAGGGCACGAUAAAGCCGGGCUUGAUGACGCGUGCACAACACGCCGGCGAAAACCCGCAGACUGGAAUGUCUGCCGAUGGGUUCAAGAAACAUUCAUGCAUGGCAGGCCUGGACGAGAACAAGUGGACCUGGAUUCACAAAAAGAAGCGACAGCACAAGCUUAACACGCCGCGCAAAUCUCGGGCUGGGAUCAAGACUCAUCAAAGUAUGUAUGUUGAGCAGACGGAUGAACUGACAGUGGCCAUCGAGACGUUGAACGUCUUGAAGGGAGCCUGUGCUGGGUAUCAGUACAAGACGAUGAAGUUAGAAAACCCUUCGACAGAUACGGACUUGACCUCGCAUCCGGUCAUGAGCUGA